AUGGUUCCUAGCGCUUUAGCCUGCUCUAGCUCGCCUCUGCGCGUGCCGGCGCGGAGCCGGGCGGGCGUGAAUCGUCGGUCGCUGCUCCCAGAACGCUCGCACGCCGCCGCCGCCGAGCUUUUUCUUCAGCGCCGUGUGCAGUGGGUGGGUGGGAGUGGUGCCUGGCGAGCCCCGCGGCCCCGCGGUACCACCGCCUGGUGGACAGUGGACAGUGACACCCACUGCCAGCGUCGUUCACUUCUCGAUCAGUCUCGCGAGUCGCAAUGCUCAGCGCUCGGCUUCGCCGUACAGUCACCGUCCGGCACGAUUGCUCGCGCAUUACGCGUGAAUGGAUGCUGCACCUAACGCGAGACUCAAGAGCCUGCUAACUCCGACGGCUGCUAGAUUUGUUUCAAGGGCACGCAAGCAAGUAAUGGUGGCAUUCACAACAUGGGCAUUACCAGGGGGGCAAUACUUGGCAUUUUUUGUCGUGCCCUUGAAGAUGCCCCGUGAUCAGAAAAAGAUAAAAGACAGGGAAAGCCGAAGAAAUACAGGACUCAGGAUCGGCGCUGCGGGCGUUCUUGAAGCAAGGUUUCGCGCUAGUUCGCCAUCAAAUUCAAUGUGGCGAAUUCGACGUGGGCUGCUGCCCACACCCGUCACCGCGAAGGCCCCGGCGCCUCGCUUGUGA